AGGGGGGGGAGGAGGGAGCGCUCACAGGAACCCUCCGAAAAAAAGAUGGCGGCGGGCUCGGAUCUGCUGGAUGAGGUUUUCCUGAACACGGAGGUGGAUGAGAAGGUGGUGAGCGACCUGGUGGGCUCCCUGGAGUCCCAGCUGGCGGCCUCCGGCCACCACCACCAGCACCACAAGGCGCAGGAGCCCCUGAGGGCCGCUGGGGGGCUGCUGGGGAACCAUGUUGUGAGCGGCAGCAGUAGCAGCAGCAGCCCAAGCCCCAGCCCUGGAGGAGUAGUAGUAGGAGGCAAUGCUAAUGCCCAAACAGAGAGCGGCAGCGGCAGCAAGAUGGGACUGAGUGCCCCAGAGAUCACAAAAGCAGGAGCAGGAGUGCAGGGGGGUGUUAUUAAUCAUAACACCAGGUCCCAGACUUCAGCUCUGGAUGGAGCCACCACAACGAGCACCAGCACCACCACUGCAGCAGCAGGAGGAUCUGAAGUCACUGCUGCUCCAGGGACCCUCAGUCAGGGUAAAUCGGUGGUUAUCAGCACCAUGGCAACUGCCUUGUCCACCAGGAAUGGCAAGAUUGGGACCACAACAGUGCAGACUUUGAAUGGGAGUAACGUGGUGAUGAACUCUCACCACACAGGAAGUGCUGCUUUCUCUGGGACUCCUGUGACUGCCAACCCCACUCCCGCACCUGCUGUUGCCCCUCUCGUUAACAAUGGACCUGGAUCCGUGGGGAAAGGAAACGCUGUUAAUGCUGUUUUGCCGUCAGCUUCCAACACUGUCAUCCAGACUUCUUUCCUUAACACUGCUGUGUCCUCUGCAUCUUCCUCCUCACCCACAGUUAUCUCCUCACAGCCACCGCCGAGCGUCGGGACCGGAGCGCCCACGGUGACGCUCGUGAGGCCCCCGAUCCACACAGCAGGACCCACGGUAGCUGCAGCUGGUGCAGCCACUCAGAAUGGGAGCAAUACUGUGAUCAAUUCAACCAUCAGUGUGGGGAGUUUUCCUGCUGUUGCCACAGCCACUGUGGGAUCUGGAGUUUCCCUCCAGACAUCGCUGGUGAACAGCCAGUCUGGUUCCACUGUGGCAGCAGCUCCUGCCACACAGGUCAUCAAAUCUGAGUCUCCUAAAACUAUAGUCCAGGCCGUGUCCCAACAGCAGACGCUGGCUACUGGUGGCCAGCCCAGUACUACAGGGGGUAACAUGAUUAUUGGGCAAACUAUGCAAGCUGGGCUCUCAAAUGUUGCUCCCAAUCCUGGUGGGAUACCUCCCGCGGCUCCUGGCACCCCCACAGGAAUGGCUAAAGGCACUGCCAAUACGGUGGCACAAAGUCUGCCAAGGACUCCAACACCAACCACGAGUGGAAUCAGAGCAACUUUGACUCCUACAGUUUUAGCACCUCGUUUGCCUCAGCCACCUCAGAAUCCGACUAACAUUCAGAACUUUCAGUUACCACCAGGCAUGGUCCUUGUGCGCAGUGAGAACGGGCAGUUGCUGAUGAUCCCCCAACAAGCCUUGGCACAGAUGCAAGCACAGGCACACGCCCAGUCCCAGCCUCAGAAUACUCUGACUCCUCGUCCUGCUACACCGACCAGUGCACCCCCAGUGCAGAUAUCGACAGUGCAGGCUCCAGGAACACCCAUUAUUGCACGACAGGUGACACCAACUACUAUUAUCAAGCAAGUGUCUCAGGCUCAAACAACAGUGCAACCCACGACAACGCUACAGCGUCCCCCGGUUGUGCAACCUCAGAUUGUUCUGGGUGGUACUGCACAAACAACCACGCUGGGGACAGCAACAGCUGUACAAACUGGAACUCCUCAGAGAACAGUGCAAGGAACAACGGCCACCUCCACUGCUGCCACAGAAACUAUGGAAAAUGUGAAGAAAUGCAAAAACUUCCUGUCCACAUUAAUAAAACUGGCAUCAUCUGGAAAACAGUCUUCAGAGACUGCGGCCAAUGUGAAAGAAUUAGUACAGAACCUGCUGGAUGGAAAAAUUGAACCAGAAGACUUUACCAGUAGGCUGUACAGAGAACUUAAUUCUUCACCUCAACCUUACCUUGUGCCUUUCCUGAAGAGGAGUUUACCUGCCUUGAGACAGUUAACACCAGACUCUGCAGCUUUCAUUCAGCAGAGCCAGCAGCAGCAGCCGACGACGCAGGCGACGAUAGCCACGAUCCCGUCAGCGGCGGCCGUGCUGCUCAGCUCCACGCAGCGCUCGGUGGCGGGGAAGGCGACUGCCACUGUCACAAGCACCCUCCAGCAACCUGUCAUCAGCCUCACUCAGCCCACACAAGUUGGUGUUAGUAAACAAGGCCAGACCACGCCACUGGUUAUCCAACAGUCUCAGAAAGCAGGGGCAUUGAUAAGGCCCCCCCAAGUAACGUUGACACAGACACCCAUGGUAGCACUGCGGCAGCCACACAGUCGUAUUAUGCUCACAACUCCUCAAAUUCAACUGAAUCAACUUCAAACAGUACCUGUGGUAAAACCAGCAGUAUUACCUGGAAACAAAGCUAUUGCCACUGUUUCAACACAAGUAGCUGCUGCUCAGAAGAAUAAACUGAAAGAACCUGGGGGAGGCUCUUUUAGGGAUGAUGAUGACAUUAAUGAUGUUGCAUCAAUGGCUGGAGUCAACCUGUCAGAAGAAAGUGCUCGGAUAUUGGCAACAAACUCUGAGCUGGUGGGCACAUUAACAAGGUCCUGUAAAGAUGAAACCUUCCUUUUCCCAGCACCUUUACAAAGAAGGAUAUUAGAAAUAGGUAAAAAACACGGAAUAACAGAAAUCCAUCCUGAUGUAGUUAGCUACGUAUCGCAUGCUACACAACAAAGACUACAAAACCUCGUGGAAAAGUUAUCAGAGACUGCUCAACAAAGGAAUAUUUCUUACAAGGAUGAUGAAAGAUACGAACAAGCGAGUGACGUUCGGGCACAGCUCAAGUUCUUUGAACAGCUUGAUCAAAUAGAAAAGCAGCGUAAAGAUGAACAAGAAAGGGAAAUUUUAAUGCGCGCGGCAAAGUCUCGAUCUCGACAAGAAGAUCCGGAACAGCUUAGGUUGAAACAGAAGGCCAAGGAGAUGCAGCAGCAGGAGCUCGCCCAGAUGAGGCAGAGGGACGCCAACCUGACUGCGUUAGCUGCCAUCGGCCCCAGGAAGAAAAGGAAAGUAGACUCACCGGGAUCUGGAUCAGGGACAGAGGGAUCUGGUUCAAGUGCAGCAGUCCCAGGCAGCUCUGGAGUUGGAACAACCAGACAGUUUACGCGACAAAGGAUAACGCGGGUGAACCUCAGGGACCUCAUAUUUUGUUUAGAAAAUGAGCGAGAGACAAGCCAUUCACUAUUGCUAUACAAAGCAUUCCUUAAGUAAAAUGGAAAAGAUCAAGGUAUUUUUGACGGAGAGACGCCUGAGGACAUUUUUUAAUAUAUUUGCAAAUUACGCCUUUUUGUAACAAGCAAAUGGGAUAUUGUUUAAAAAACAACCACCUCUUUACAUGGAACAGUUUUAUAUUCCUGUUUAUAAAUAAACUCUUCAGUAUGAGAGAAAUACAUUUCUGUAACAGUGAGGAUACUUACAAGGCCUGUGGAUACUAUAAAAGGACAAUUAAAUUUUAACUCAUCUCUUGAUUGAGUGGCCUUCUUGCCAAACAAGCCAUAUAUAAAGACUGAUGGAAUCGUUUAGCAAAUAACUAGCUACCCUUUGUCAGCCCUGUAGCAGUUUCAACAUUAAUUGUUCAUUUUAGUUCAGUUUUAUUCAACUAAAUCCAUGAUAUAGGCAUAUGUCUACAGCAGAUGACCUCAUUUCAUUUAGCUUUUUUUUUUUUUUUAAAACAGUCAGUUAGCAAAGCAAACUGAUUUUUAAAGAAUAUUUAUCUUUCCCCAAAAUGCUCAAAAUCUAGAGGGAUAUACAGUUAAUUUUAAACAUAACCUCAAUUUUAAUCACAUUAUUGCUUAUUAGAGGCCCUGAAAUCCCAUAAAGGAGGGUUACUUCUGAAUGUUAUAGCAGCAUCUGUAAAAAUGCAUUUUAUUUGCUAUAGUUUGUAAAGCUGUAAAGUUAAAAAAGGAAAAAAAGGAAAAAAAGAGAAACCUUUUCAGCAUAAAUAUAUUUUACUUGCACUGUGUUUUUUAGCUAAAGUGAAAGCUUAGAUUAAAUAAAAUCAAAAGUUGAGAGG